AUGGGGAACAAAGAUAAAGUGAGUUGGGUAAAUACAUUGUGGAAUAGAGUUGUCAUCCCUAAAAGUCGCUUCGUGGUAUGGCUCGCUUUCCAUGAGAGACUCAAAACAAAGCAAAGACUCAAGAGCAUGGGGGUGGUGGAUGAUACGGUUUGCAUCAUAUGUGGAACACAGUUUGAAACAACAGAUCACCUCUUCUUUAUGUGCGACUUCAGCUAUCAAUGCGUGGAAGCUCUUAAAAGAUGGGUGAGAGUGACAUGGAGUAUAAAGAACAUGAACGACAUUUAUCGCACACGUCGUAUGCCUAAGACUAAAUUGAAACUCAUAGAAGCAAUCUUUGGUAACCUUGUCUAUACUAUUUGGAACGUACGGAAUGAAGCGGUGUGGCAAAAGAAGGUUACGACUUUCCGGAGGGUAGUAGAAUCCAUCAAAACAAAUUCUAAACUCUCUAAUGCUAAAAGAGUCCACUUCAACUUGGUUGAGAAACCUGUAAUCUGUGGCCUGUUGUGUUUAGGUGAUCUAGUGGCGUUUCUUAUUUUGUUAGGGUGGGUUGAUCUUGACAUAGAUCAACCUUGA